AAUUCAGUGACUUUGUUAAAUUGUCUUUCUUUUAUAAGCAGCACGUGUAGACGCGGUUGACUUCAUUAUCGUCGCAUGAAAUUAAUAGGUUACAUAUAUAACAAUGCCAUCUGACGCGAAGAAACGAGCACAGCAAAAGAAAAAAGAACAAGCGAGCAAUAGAAAUAAAAAACCCAUCGCGAAAGUAAACGCGGAUCAGAAUGGUGCAGACACCAACGGUACUAAAGAAGAACGUGAGCUCACCGCUGAAGAGGCAUUAUGUCUCAAGUUGGAAGCUGAAGCAAAGAUGAAUUCUGAAGCAAGGUCAUGCACUGGUACUCUGGCCGUCCAUCCACGAUCUAGGGACAUCAAGAUAGCUAAUUUCUCCAUCACUUUCUAUGGAAGUGAACUGUUACAGGACACCCUGUUGGAAUUGAACUGUGGCAGAAGAUAUGGCCUUGUGGGAUUGAAUGGAUGUGGAAAGUCUUCCCUGCUCGCCGCGCUCGGUCGGCGCGAAGUGCCGAUACCGAAUCACAUAGAUAUCUUCCACUUGACGCGCGAGAUGCCCGCGUCCGACAAGACGGCGCUCGAGUGCGUCAUGGAGGUGGACGAAGAGCGCAUACAGCUGGAAAAGCUGGCUGAGGAGCUAGCCCACUGUGAGGAUGAUGAAUCACAGGAACAAUUGCUUGACGUGUACGAUCGUCUUGAGGACUUGAGUGCCGAUACCGCGGAGGCGCGUGCUGCUAACAUCCUUCACGGUCUUGGCUUCUCGAAGGAAAUGCAGCAAAAGGCUACUAAGGACUUUUCUGGAGGUUGGCGUAUGCGUAUCGCUCUCGCGCGCGCUCUGUACGUGAAGCCUCACCUCUUGCUGCUCGACGAGCCCACCAACCAUCUCGACCUUGACGCCUGUGUGUGGCUCGAAGAGGAACUCAAACAGUAUAAACGGAUUCUAGUACUGAUCUCACACUCGCAAGAUUUCCUGAAUGGCGUGUGCACAAACAUUAUACACAUGAGCAAGCGCCGGCUGAAGUACUACACGGGUAACUACGAGGCAUUCGUGCGCACGCGCAUGGAGCUGCUCGAGAAUCAGAUGAAACAGUACAACUGGGAGCAAGACCAGAUCGCGCAUAUGAAGAACUAUAUUGCUCGGUUCGGUCACGGUUCAGCGAAACUGGCUCGUCAGGCGCAAUCCAAGGAGAAGACUCUCGCUAAGAUGGUGGCUCAAGGGCUCACUGAGAAGGUGGUGGACGAUAAAAUUCUUAACUUCUACUUCCCAUCCUGCGGCAAAGUGCCACCACCCGUUAUUAUGGUCCAGAAUGUGGCGUUCCGUUACACGGACGAAGGGCCGUGGAUCUACAAGAACCUGGAGUUCGGUAUCGACCUCGACACGCGGCUCGCGCUCGUCGGCCCCAACGGGGCUGGCAAGUCCACGCUGCUCAAACUUUUGUAUGGAGAUCUGGUCCCCACCACGGGCAUGAUCCGCAAGAACUCUCACCUGCGCAUCGGCCGCUACCACCAGCACCUGCACGAGCUGUUGGACCUCGACCUGUCCCCGCUGGACUACAUGAUGAAGGAGUUCCCCGAGGUGCGGGAGCGGGAGGAGAUGAGGAAGAUCAUCGGACGGUACGGGCUCACUGGUAGACAACAGGUGUGCCCGAUGCGCCAGCUGUCGGACGGUCAGCGUUGCCGCGUGGUGUUCGCGUGGCUCGCGUGGCAGACCCCGCACCUGCUGCUGCUGGACGAACCCACUAACCACUUGGACAUGGAGACGAUAGAUGCUCUCGGUGAUGCUAUUAACGAGUUCGAUGGCGGCAUGGUGCUGGUCAGCCACGACUUUAGACUCAUCAACCAGGUUGCCGAAGAGAUUUGGAUCUGUGAAAAUGGAGCUGUUACGAAAUGGGAGGGCGGUAUCCUUAAAUACAAGGAUCACCUCAAGUCGAAAAUAUUGAAGGACAACGCAGACAAUGCGGCUAAAAUGCGAAAAUAAACUUACUUUCAAAACCAUCUCAAUAUUUCCCUAACAAAAACAAUUGACUUGAUCAUUUAGAUUCAAUUAUUAUUUUAAGUUAAAAAUCUGACUUUUCAUUACUUUUUUUAAUCCAGCCUGUAAAGGGUCUUAUGAAUAAGACAAAAUUUAAAUCCGCUUGCCAUUGCUUACAAACUUUAACAGUUUUAGAUUGACAUUCAUUUUGAUAUUGAAUGUAUGUGCUAUUCUAUGCCUUUUUUAAUAUGACAUGCAUUUUUUAUGUAUUCUCGUCCUCUGCUUUAAUCAUAUUAUUAAUUCUGUAAAAUUAUUUUACAAGCAAGCGGAUUUUAAUUGCUUUUCACAAUGAUUAUUCACUCAAAAAUUGGCACAAUUACGGCGAAUGUUCGUCGAAACAUGACUUUAUUAAUAAAAACGAUGGGAUAUCGUUUUGAUAUUUGAGAGCGACAUAAAAUCGAGCCUUUAAUUGUUAUAAUUAGAUAGCUAGAUGCACUAAAUUCUCGCUUGCACUGUACCGUGCAAUAUGUAUACUUACAAAUGGUGCACCAGUAAUUGUUAUGUAAUUAGAAAAUUUAGCCUCAAAUAACUUACAAACGAAGCGAAAUAGAAGUAUUAUAAUGAUAGUGAUAUUGUUUGUUUACUGUUAAUGCUAACAACAAUUUUUAGUAAAAUAUAUACACGUUUAAUCGAUUACGUUGUGAGAUACAUAAUAUAGCUAAAUGGGGUAGUAGUCGGUCCGUAUUCUCCCAGUGUUUCUUGUUGAAUGUCAAUAGUGCGGACUUGGUGUGUAUCCAGGUGAAAAAUAAUGUAGUUUAUAUGCAUUAUGCAGUAUCUGAAGUGUUUUUUUCUAAUAAUUUUCGUCAAUUGAUUUCAUUUUGAUUUGAGUUAAUCGUUAAUAUUUCAGUUGAUUUGGUUGAUUGUGAUUUAAGUACAUCUUGAUAUUUUGUCUUCAUUUAUGUGCCUUAUAUUUCAUGUGCUCAAAUUAUUACGCGUAUACAUGUUAUAAGCCUUGUGCGAAUUACAGCAUGGGCCGGCUAUGUUAUAAAGUGAAGCGAACGAGUAGAUCCUAUAUAUUAAUUUAUUGUUCACGUUGGCUCGCUCGGCUGUAAGCUUUGCUUUCCCUUUUGUAUUUUCAGUGACAUUGGGUUUUUGAAAUAUUUUAACACAAUCUUUAGAUACCUAACUAACCACGUGAUUUUGAAAUAAGUAUAUGUAUGUUUUAUUUAUAUUAUUUACAAUACAAACGACUAAAGCAAUAAUAGGUGAUUAGAUAAAUAUUUAUUGUUAAUUCAAAAACCCAGUUGUAUUACUUAUAACUCCGAUACAUCAUUUAAAUAGUAAUUGUAAUUGACCAAUACAGUGUGAUCUAGGAACUAAUUGAUUUAUUUGUGAAUAUAAAUGAUUGUGAUUUCAAUAAAUUGAUCAAACGGU